GGCAACACUGCCCUCUACCCCUCUUUGAAUUGAAAUUAGUUUAGUUCGUUACUUUCCGUCGGGUAAGCCAAUUAACCGGAUUUGCCAAAGAAGACUCUUAUUUAAUUAACUUAUUUUCUACGUUAACUUAUUCAAAUCUCAAAUCAAAAUGCGUGAAUGCAUCUCAGUACACGUUGGCCAAGCCGGAGUCCAGAUCGGCAAUGCCUGCUGGGAACUCUACUGCCUGGAGCACGGCAUCCAGCCCGAUGGCCAGAUGCCCGCCGACAAGACCAUUGGGGGUGGUGAUGAGUCCUUCAACACCUUCUUCAGUGAGACUGGAGCUGGCAAGCACGUGCCUCGCGCCGUGUUCGUGGACUUGGAACCCACUGUAGUUGAUGAGGUCCGCACUGGCACAUACAGACAGCUGUUUCACCCAGAACAGCUUAUCACUGGUAAGGAAGAUGCGGCCAACAACUAUGCUCGCGGCCACUAUACCAUUGGCAAGGAAAUCGUCGACCUAGUGCUUGACCGCGUCCGCAAGCUCGCUGACCAGUGCACUGGUCUCCAGGGCUUCCUCAUCUUCCAUUCCUUUGGAGGUGGCACUGGCUCUGGCUUCACUUCUCUCCUCAUGGAACGUCUCUCUGUAGACUACGGAAAGAAGUCCAAGCUCGAGUUCGCCAUCUACCCUGCACCCCAAGUCUCCACAGCUGUCGUUGAGCCCUACAACUCCAUCUUGACCACCCACACAACUCUCGAGCACUCCGACUGUGCCUUCAUGGUCGACAACGAGGCUAUCUACGAUAUCUGCCGCCGCAACUUGGAUAUCGAGCGCCCGACCUACACCAACCUGAACAGGCUGAUUGGCCAGAUUGUGUCCUCCAUCACGGCCUCCCUUCGUUUCGACGGCGCCCUCAACGUCGAUCUGACCGAGUUCCAGACCAACUUGGUACCGUACCCGCGUAUCCACUUCCCGCUGGUCACUUAUGCGCCGGUCAUCUCCGCCGAGAAAGCUUAUCACGAGCAGCUCUCUGUGGGGGAAAUCACCAAUGCUUGCUUUGAGCCAGCCAACCAGAUGGUGAAAUGUGACCCUCGCCACGGCAAAUACAUGGCUUGCUGCAUGUUAUACCGUGGUGACGUUGUUCCCAAGGACGUAAACGCGGCUAUCGCUACCAUCAAGACCAAGCGUACGAUCCAGUUCGUGGACUGGUGCCCUACCGGUUUCAAGGUCGGCAUCAACUACCAGCCGCCCACUGUCGUGCCCGGUGGUGACUUGGCGAAGGUGCAGCGUGCCGUGUGCAUGUUGUCCAACACCACGGCCAUCGCUGAGGCCUGGGCCCGUUUGGACCACAAGUUCGACCUCAUGUACGCAAAGCGCGCCUUCGUGCACUGGUACGUGGGUGAGGGUAUGGAGGAAGGCGAGUUCUCUGAGGCGCGCGAGGAUCUUGCCGCUCUCGAGAAGGACUACGAGGAGGUCGGCAUGGACUCCGCUGAGGGAGAGGGCGAAGGUGUUGAAGAAUAUUAAGUCUGUCAUGCACUCACAACUAUACAUUCCGCUUGAAAUGAAUAAAACUGAAAUUAUGUGAA